AUGCCUAAAAUGGGAGCUGAUGGCUUAAAUAAGAAAUGUGGAAGGCUGUCACAUAAUUGCUGUUUAAAACUGAUGAAGAAUGUGAUAUUCAAUCAAGAUGAGACGGUUAUUUGUUGCUCGGAUGUAGAGGUUGAAGGUGUAACAUUAGAUCAUGAAAAUACUUCUGUCAGUGAAAUUGUAUCAGAUGAUGUGACCAACUCCACUGAUAAAAUUACUAUAAAGUAUCUAGACGAACUUAUUAAGCAAAAAGACUUGAUCAUAAGAAAUCAAGAUAUAGCUAUAAAUGCACUCCAAGAGCAGAUCAAGCUUUUAAAGCAUAAAAACCCGGAGCAGGAGGCGGAAAAAAAUGGAAAACAGUCGCUACCCAUAAAUAAUAAAUCUCAUUCUACCGUCACGGCUACUAACAGUAAAAUCAGCAAAGACAAACAGCCGAUAUCUAAGCAGCAAGUGUCCAGAGCUAUGCUGAAUGUAGAAUCUGAACGAAUUUGCCAAAAUAUUGUUGGUCUUGGUAAUGCCGGUGCUGAUCCUAAGCCUGCUCAGAAAAGAAGUGGGAGAAAUAUAUUGACUGGCUCUGGUCUAAGUACAUCUGGAUGUCCAUUCAAAGCAGCGGAUUUAGUACCAAAUUUGAUAAAUAAGCCCAGAUACUAUCACGCUACUCAUUUCGAACCCCAGACGGACGAAAUAGAACUUUUUAAUUACCUGAAAGGCUUUGCUGCCAAUGUAAAAGUCGAGAAGUUAAAUGCAAGACAACCAGAGAUGUAUGCUUCAUUUAAAAUAAGUGUGCCCGAAAAUGAAUCCGAGAAGAUCCUUAAUGCUGAAAUAUGGCCCGAUAAGGUUGUUGUAAAUAGGUUUCUUUUUCCGAGAAGACACUAG